AUGUCAAUUCGCGAAGAUCUUGUCGCAUCAGCGGUGCAAUUCCUCCAAGACCCGAGCGUUGCAUCCUCGUCCGUCGAAAACCGCAUCUCCUUCCUCCGCUCCAAGAACCUCACCCAGCAAGAAAUCGACAAUGCACUAGCGAGAACAGGCGCGCCUCCUGCGCCUGCGCAGCAGACACCCUACCCGCAGUCUGGGCCCCCAGCGCCCUACUAUCCCCCAUACGCGCAACAAGCGUGGCAACCGCCGCCUCCGCCACCGAGGAGAGACUGGAGGGAUUGGUUCAUUGCGGCGACUGUGGCUGGCGGUGUUGGCUAUGGACUCUACGCACUGGGCAAGCGGUAUGUGAUGCCUCUAGUAGCGCCGCCGACGCCAGAGAAGCUGGAGCAAGACAAGAAAUCCAUCGAAGAGCAGUUUGACCGCGCAUUCAGCCUCGUCGAGCAGCUUGCCAAGGACACCGAAGAGCUCAAGAAGGCCGAGCAAGCACGGAGCGACCGCCUCGACAACGCUCUCAGCGACCUCGAAGCUGUCAUGUCUGAUCUCAAGGCUGCCAAUCGGAGACGCGAGGAUGACGCUCAGCGCGUGAGGGAGGAGGUGCAGGGAUUGAAGGAUAGCAUUCCCAAGGCAUUGAACAACCAGAAGGAACUGGCGGACACACGUCUGCGAGAAAUCAACGGCGAACUGGGCAGUCUGAAGACGCUGGUCACCCAGCGGAUGAGUGCCCCCGCCGCGUCUUCGCCUACCGCCCCAUUGCGCAACGGUACCCCAGCGUCGACAAACGCGCCAUCAGGCACAGCCGUCGAGACUGCCCCAGAGCCAUCCGCCGCUGCAAGCUCUCCUUCGACGGAAUCGCCCAAGAAGCCUUGGGCGCCGACCACGCGCGCCAAGCCCUCCAUUGGUGGAAAGGCCGCCAUCCCAGCUUGGCAGAUGGCUGCUGCCAAGAAGGAGCAGGAGGAGGGUGGCUCGUCCGCUACUACACCAGCGCCAGCCAAGGUGGAGGACGAGCCUAACGCGUCAGCGUCCUCGUAG